AUGAUCGAAGUUACAUUCAUAGUUAAUUAAUUGAGUAUUCAAUAAACUCAAUCUGUCUAUUUAGAUCAAAGGAUUGAUUUUCAUAUUCGUCAUAUAUUGUACUAAGCAUCUGUUGAUUUAUAUAAUUGGGAAAACAUUUAAUGUUCAAUUAUUUAUAGUAAUGUUAAAUAUGGCUGUGAUAAGACCUUUGAAGAAUUAAAUAUUACAAAUAAUUCAAAACUAUCAAUAAAAUUUACAAAACCUAUUUCUAUUGAAAUUUUGAAUUAAUAAUUUGCAUCCAUAUAAUAUUAGGCAGAUGCUUUUGAUAGAAUUAAAAUGUUUUAAGAAUGGAUAAUAAAAAAUCAUCUAAGAAACGCUCAGUAUGAGAUUUAAAUCAUAGAUGCAAGUAAUGGAAAAUCUAUUUAAGAUGAAACUUGGAUUUAAAAUGGUAUUUAAUAGUCUAUUCAAGUUUUGUUGAAUAUAAAUGUUAAAUAAAGUAUUUUAUGGCAAGGUAAUUCAAUAACUAUAGAAUUUAAUGUUUUUUCACCAAUCUCAUAGUUAAUUCAAAGUUUAAAGAAUUAACUUAAAAUAAAUACAAUAAUUUCAUUGUAAUACCAAGAUAACAAUCUUAAACCUGAAAUAUUAUAUUUCAAUUAAAAUAUUCCUCUCAAUAUACAAUUAUAAGCAAAUAUUCCUAAUGCAUUAACUUAUCGAAUAUCAUUUCAAAAAUAAUAGAGAGAGAAAUAAAUUACUUGUAACUCAUAUUCAUUUGUUAGUGAAAUCAUUAGAUAAUUAAGAUCUUAAUUUUAGAUAAAUAAAAGUUCUAAUAUUUUAUUAAAAUAUUAUUGGAUUUUAGAUACAAAGAAUACAUUUGCUUAAGAAGAUAUACCAAAUUUUAGUUUAAUAGAAUUAAUAGAAGAAGAUUCUUAAGGGGAAUUUUAAAUAACUCUAAGAAAUAUUGGUGAGAAUGUAGAUUAAUAAUAAAAUGAUAUAAUUUGUUUAGUAAGAAUUGAUACAACUCUAAAAUAGUUGUCAUAAAGAAUACCUCAUUAAAUUAAUGAAGAAGUUAAGUUUUAUUUAGAUUAGAAUGCUUAAUAAUAAUUAGAUGAUUAAUAAAAUAUGGAGAAUUUAGAUGUUUGUUAUGGAAUGACAAUCAUGUAUAAAAUAGAAAGAAGACCAAGAAUAACAUAAAUCUAUAAACAAAUAGAAUAAAAAAAAUUUGGAAUUCUAAUUGUUAAUAUGAAUUCCGUUACAACAUAAGAAUUAGCAAUAUAAAAUGAUGUUUUCGCUUUAGCUUCAAUAAUGAGACACAAUUUUGGCCUUCCAAAAAAUUAAAUAAUUAAAUUUUCAAUUGGUACAACGUUAUUAAAGGAUGAAGAUAAUUUAGAUAAAAUUUUGGAUGGCAAAUUUGAUAAUUUGUAAGCAAUUUUUUUGGAAACAAUAAAUAUAUAUCUAAAAUAUUUACACAAUGAUUCUAAAACUUUGAUAACUGUAAAGUUGGAAGAUACUUUAGAAAAAAUCUCUAAAGAAUAAAAUCUUAAUGGUAUUUUUAAAAUAAAUGAUAAGUCUUUAUCAAUAAAUGAAACAUUCGCUUAAUUAUAAAUUUAUAAUGGAGAGACUAUAAUUUAUGAAAAAACUACACCAAUUGAAGAAGAGAGUGAAAAAAUUCCAUCAAUUAAUAAUGAUCCUAUUUCAUAAAAUUAACAACUUCAUUAACCCUCUCCUAUAAAUAGCGGUAUCUAAGAAAGUAAUGAUUAAUAAAAGGAACUUCCUGUAGCAAAACCUUAAAAUGUAUAAUCAAAAAUUGAGAAUAUAAUUAAGGAAGAGGAUUUCAUUAAUGUUAAUACCUAAGUUGGAGGAAGAGUUUACAAAUUUAGAGCAAAAGGCACCUAAAGAUUUGAAGUUCUUAAAUCAAUUCUAUACGAUUUUUUAAUAAAAGAAGAGCCAGAAAGGAUAAAAUAUUAUAGUCUUGUUAAUGAAGAAUAAGUUUUAAGGGAUGAUAUACUAAUAUCUUCAUUAAAUAAACAAGAAAUAAACAUUUAACUUAAAUUAAAGUAAAAUAUUAUUUGAG